GGCUGGCGGCGCGCGCUCGGUCCCGGAGCGUAGGACCGUCUAGAGAGCGGCUCGGGAAACCGCGCGCCCCAGCCGGCGUCCUCCGCCCGGCACCCGGAGGCGCGGGGGGCGCACCAUGCCUGCAGACACCCCGGGGAAGCCGAGAGCCUCGCCGCUGGCAGGAGCGCCGGCCAGCGCCAGCCGAACCCCGAACAAGCCCCGGAGCGCGGCCGAGCCCCGAAAGUCCUCCAAGCCCGUCAUGGAGAAGCGGCGUCGAGCGCGCAUCAAUGAGAGCCUCGCCCAGCUCAAGACCCUCAUCCUGGACGCCCUCAGGAAAGAGAGUUCCCGCCACUCGAAGCUUGAGAAGGCGGACAUCCUGGAGAUGACCGUGAGGCACCUGCAGAGCCUGCGGCGCGUGCAGGUGACAGCCGCCCUCAGCGCCGACCCCGCGGUCCUGGGCAAAUACCGCGCGGGCUUCAACGAGUGUCUGGCCGAGGUGAACCGAUUCCUGGUCGGCUGUGAGGGCGUCCCGGCCGAAGUGCGUUCUCGCUUGCUCGGCCAUCUGGCCGCCUGCCUCAGCCAGCUGGGGCCCCCGCGCCGCCCGGUUCCUCCGUCCCUUGUUGCGGAAGCCCUGGCGCCGGACGUCUACGCGGGCCGACCGCCGCAGCCGGACUUCGACAGCCCUUUCCCCCCGCCGCCGCGCCCCGGGGCGGCCUUCGCGCUGCCGAUCCUGCCGGGCCGGACUGGGGCGCCCCUCGCCGCCGCCGGGGCCGGGGCCGGGCCGCAGGGCCAGGGCGUGCCCUGGAGGCCGUGGCUACGGUGAGGUUUCGGUCCUGGACUGGAGCGGAGGCGGAGCCCGGUUCUAGGGCCGCGGCCUUUGCUGAGAUUGAUCCAGAAGAUAUUCACGUCAGAGACCGCGUGGAGAGUUCUGUUUCGUUGUCUCUGUGAGGAGUCCAGACACGGAGGCCCAGCAGCCGGGGUCAGCUGCUGUCUUUGCAGCCGAUGUCUCUGCACGGGCGGGCGGGGUGGCUUUUCCCCAGGCCGAGCCCUGGGGCCCCGUCCUUCUGCGCCCACCUGUGCCUGGCAGGUGCGCCGCACGGGCGUUCACCUCGCGUUGCCUUUGCCUGUAUCUAUCCGCACUGGAGUAGCGACCCCUCUUGAGGUGGGGUGGGGGGAUGUGGGAGAGGUCCUUCAGGAGGAUCAGGCAGGACUGUGACAGUCAUCACUUCUUCCAGAACAUCUUCCAGUGCUGGGUACCAUUUUUUUUUUUUUUAAAGGUACCUUUCCCCACUCCCACCCCUGGAGACUCUGGACGGUGGAAACAUGUAUUUUCACACUGUUGUCUCAGGGCUAAGCUGUGGUAAGGGGUGACUGUCCCUGAAGUUUCUGUUCUGGCCUGGUCCACCUCUUGGCUGCUCGAGGCUGAGCACGAACCCACCUGUGCCCACCCACAGAUUGAAACUGCCAGUGUCCAGUUCUACUGUGUGCCUUGCUCUGCCUUGAGAGGGAAGCUCCCCCGGCUGUGCCCUCCUGAGCACCUGCUGUGUGUUGGCCCUGCAAUACAGCGAUACUAGGCAUCAACGCGGGAGUCACUGUCCUGUGGUCCCAGGUCUCCCCAGCCUGCUGCUGGCGGCUAUGCUCCAGGAGCCACGAGGGAGUGGUCUGAGUCACACAGCUGAGACUGAAUUGUCUCAUCCUGAGCCCUCCUGAGGCUAAGGCAAGAUCUACUUCCCAACCAGAGCCAAGUUCAUCAGAUGGUUGCCUGCUGCCUGCCUGGCCAGGAACCAGCAAGGAGGAGGAGGCUGAGUCACUGCCUGAGGGUGGUCUGCCCUUCCUCCAAUGGCUCCAGCAGCUUCCAGGUCCAUGUUAUGGGCAGGGUUCACCUGUCCUCCUGGACUCAGCCAUGUACCUGUCAGGGCCCUCCAAGUCCCCACCAAGCCAGUGCCCCCCCACCCCAAGACUCUCUGGCUGCCUGGCCCAUCUCCCUGAGGGUCCAGGGCCUGGACCAGUGGCAGACAUGUGGGCCAGGUGUUGCACCCUAGGACGUAUACACAUUCAGCAGUCCAGGCCCUGGGGAGGCUCAGAGCACUGGGUUACCAGCAGCACAGUGAGGGAGUUACUGCUGGCUGGCCUGGGAGGCCCUCUCCAGCAGGAGAGUUUCAGAGGGUCCAUUUCAGGAGCUGGAAGUUCCACUCCUGAGCAGGAGGGAAGGGCCUGGGGCUUUGGGAUAUGAAGCCUGGUGGGUAGGUAGUGGGUGGUUGGGACCUGCUCAGAGCUGGGCUCCACACGGCCUGCAGGGGUAAUGGGAACUCCCCACCUGUGUGGCCAGAGAGAAGGGCUGCCUGGGAAGAUCGCCUGGAAUUGAGACCUCGUACUCUCUCUUCCCAGUCUCUAGCCCCGACCUCCUGUCCCUAUGCUGUGCCUGCCCCUGCACCAUUUCCUUACUUCCUGUUCCUGAUAAUCUAUUCUUGAGAUGCUGAGAAGCUAUUACCAAGAGAUCUUUGUGCUGAGGACACUGUUAACCCACCAGGGACCUCUUGGGCUCUGAGGGAUCCACGCUGUUCUGGGAUGGGCAGGCCCCCCAUCUCACCCCUUUGUGCCCAGCCCGGACAUUCUCUCCUUGCUUUCCCACCCGAGGCAGCCACCCUAGGCUCCAAGGGCUCUGGAGGCCAGGGCUGUGUCUGUGUCACUCACUCCUGUCCCCAGCACCUUCUUGGAACAGGAAGAAGCUCAGGCCGUACAGACCUAGUUAAGUAGCUUGGAUAAAAGAGGAGCCAGGAGGUUUGCAGAGGGGUGUCCUUGGUUAGAUUAGGGGAGUCUGAGGAAGCACAGCCCAGGCUGAGGCUGGGUGCCUGUGGUGAUGCAGAGGGCAACAGGGGAGGCCCCAGAGGAGCUGUCUUGGGUCCCCUCUCCUGGCUGCUCCUCAGCAGCUGAGGGCAGCAUCCUUGCCUCCAGCUGUGGAAGGAGCCAUGCCCCAUCCCACUCAGCGUGGACACCUGCCCUGGCCACAGCGAGCCAGGGUGGGGUCUCCUCCUCACACUGGGGACUGUUCCUCCUUCCUGCUCUCCCCACUCUUCCACCCAUUUCCCGCUCCUCCCCUGCCUCAGAGGGGGGCUGGGUAAUUCCUCUGUCCCACUCCAUCCUCAGCUAGUAUUGUCUUGGCUCCUGGCUUCUGUCUUGCAGAUCUUACCUGCUGGGCGAUAGAAGAAGCACCUUCUCCGGGCUGGGCCCUGUGGAGUGGGUGGGGGAGGAAUCAGGGCUCCCUCCUCCUUGGGGGGAAGUGGCCCUGAAGGCCUGCUUGUCACUUCCCAUCCAUGCAGGCUGAGCCUCAUUCUUCUGUGGCCUCCUUCCAGCCCAGUCCCUGGUGACCAAGGGUCAACGAAUGUUUACUGAAUUCAGGUGCACAGUCAGGUGCUCUGCUGGCCUCUGUGGGUCCCAGUCCUGUGGAGCCUUGUGAGUCUGGCUCCCUGUGUCUUGCCUGUGGGUCCAGAGCUUGGGGACCAGACAAUGACAGCAAAGUAUAGGUGUUUGAAGUCAGGAGAAAGAAUAGGUCCCCAUGGUGGCAGAAAUCAGCCCGGCCAUGCCCAUGAAACUCUAGUCACUUGGGAAUCUGGGGUGGGCCAAGGCCUGGGGCUGCUUGGAUCCCUGGCUUGUGAGAGGUCAGGCCUUUGCUCACAGCCCCCACCUCCUGCCCCAGAGCCCCUGUGCUCACCUAAUUAUCCCCGGGCUCCAGAAGCCUCCUCCCUUCCUCUGGCACGCCCUGGCUCCAGGACCUGCUUGCUUUUCCUGGGGAGGAAGCUGUGAUCAGAGGGCUCUGCUCUCUGCUCCAUGGAGCCCUGGGGCCAUGCCCACCCUGGGAUACACUUAUGGGCGAGGAAACAGGCCCUAGGGUUGCUGGCCUCCCAGAAGGCCCCCUGGUAUUAAGCCAGGUGAGUGUACUGAGGUUGGCCCAUGUGUCCUGCAGAAGAUGAGGUUGCGGCUCUAGGUCCACCUUCUUCACUCUGGGGCCGGCCAGCUGUCCUUUUGCUAUGGAGGUGCCAAGAAAGUGUGGAGUUUAGGAGCAGAUCCUCCAGCCCUGCUGGGCCUUCAGAUGAGAUCCCAGCUGCUGCUUACACCUGAACGGCAACCUCAUGAGAAGCCCUGAGCCAGAACCAUCCAGUUGAGCAGCUCCUGGACUCCUAGCCUUCAGAAACUUUGUGAGAUAAUAAAUGCUGGUUGUUUAAAUAUUAAAGUGA